AUGUUGAAAUUCAGAGUGCCCUCCAAUGGAAGUGUUACUUACGCGGAGCAACCCGUAGCUGCUAAGCGCACCGGCUUCCGAGCUAGAACGCCAGGAGCACGUCUAAUUUUAGCCGUGGCAAACCACGAAGUUGCGAAGGCGCCACUUCGGCUGGCUCGCUUCGGGCCCCGCCGGGACGGGUUCCGCGCCGCUCCCGAGCUGCAGGCUUUCCGCGACUACGGGGAGAGCUGGUACCGCUCCCGCAAGGGGCUGGAGAGCCGCUUCCAGCCGCGGGAGCCGCUCGCCCAGCAGCCGCAGGUGACAGCAGAGGCGCGCUGCGAGCUGGUCAGCUGGCUCAUCGCCGUGCACCGGUACUUCAGCGUCUCCUUCGAGGCGCUGUGCCUGGCCGUCAACAUGCUCGACCGCUUCCUCGGCACCACCCCGGUGGCCGCCGACUGCUUCCAGCUCCUGGGGGUGACGGCGCUGUUCAUCGCCUGCAAGCAGGUGGAGGUGCACCCCCCCAGCAUGAAGGAGCUCCUCGACCUCUGCUGCGGCGUCUUCUCCUGCCAGCAGCUCCGCAACCUGGAGUGCCUCAUCCUGCGCCGCCUGGGCUUCGAGCUGGCGGCGCCCACCGUGAACUUCUUCCUGGAGCACUUCAGCCAGGUGCGGCUGGAGGCGCGGGGGGCCGACGCGGGAGAGGCGGCGGACGCCCGGAGCCUGGCGGUGGGCAUAGCGGAGCUCAGCCUGGCCGACUACGCUUUCACCAAAUACGCCCCUUCCCUGCUGGCCGCCAGCAGCCUGGGGCUGGCGGACCGGCUGCUGCGCCACCGCAGUCCCCUGGACCUGCGGAUCAGCGGCUACCCGAGGCGGGUCCUGCGGGACUGCGUGGACCAGCUGCAGCUCCUGGUCUCGCUGAACAGGCAGUUCCUGCCGCUCCUCCUGCCCCCGGAGGUGGUCCAGAAGUGCCACCGCCUGCGGGCUGGCAGCGGCGAUGCCGCCGCCCGUCACUCGCACCUCUAG